AUGGAACGUUCCCAAACUUCCGCAAGUCCAACCAUGCCCUCAGUGUUGUUGGACAAAGAGUUCCCAGACCAAAGAGCUGCUGCUGCAUUACUGCCCGCUUGUCCAAGUGCUGGGUUGUCUGAACGUGUGGGAUCUGACUGUGUGUUGUUACAGUUUCAAUUUUGGUGUAGCCGUGGUACAAAAUUUUCAAAGGCCUCCGGCAGCAGGAUUUCUGCUGAUCCAAACCUGAAGAACGGGUUGGAGAAGGGGACUGCCUCCGCAAAGGCCAGCCGCAACUGCCCCAAAUCAAUGGCUGGGGCCCCGCCGUUCGCGUCAGACCACCGUACUAAUUCCACCAAAUUUUGUUGUGCAACAUUUGAAUUUCUAAAUUGCAGCAAUGCAUCUUGGUUGCUUGUUCCUAUUAUAGAUUCCAUGAAACAGAGAAGAGGAGAAUGUGAUGACUCAAAACAAAACAGUCAACUAGGUUUACCAAUACGGGCAUAG